AUGCGCAAGGAAUUGUUUUCAAUGUCCAAUAUGCCAAAAUACACUUUCAUAAGUCCAUCUGCUACACCAGCACUAAUUAGCGGUGCACCAUACUAUCUUUCAUGUGGGGUUUGUCGAUGGGACUCGCAAGAAAUUGGAAUGACUUUUGAGAAAGCAACCGGAUUAGCAUUACAACUUCAAAAAACUGAAGACGAGAGACCCGAUGUUAAAGAAUUUGAUCAUCUUAAAGAACAUUUUGAAAAACAUUUACGACAAACUACUCCGGCCACAACAUUACCUACUUCAUUAAUGACAAUCACAGGAAUAGGUGGUAGCAGCAGUUUUAGUAGUAGAUAUGGUAGUGGAACUGUUGCUGGUAAUGCCCAACAAAAAUCAGAUGAUCUUGCUUUAUAUGAAGCUGUUGUUAAAGUUGAAAAUGAGAACUCAUUAGUUGAUGAUUUGGUCCAAUUGAAAGAUGUCAAUCAAAUUACAACAUUGAUGCAAAGAAUGAAUCAACUGAGUGAUCAACCAUACAAAGUAGAACGCCUUCAACCACAGCGUAUACAUCUUCGUACAAAACGUAUUAAAAGAUGUAGACAAUGUCGGCAUAUAUUAAUAAAACCUGAACAGAAAGCUCAAGCAACUAGAUUUAAAAUUAAACUUGUUGCGUUUAUUGCACCAUAUAAUGAAGUAUGGGAAUACGAUGAACAUGAUUUGAUCUCUUCAAAACCUCGUUCUCACACAUCUCCUAAAUCAGACAUUGGUAUUUAUGAAAGAAGAAGUAACUCUACAAGUAUCAUUUUGGAAAUCAAGCCUGAAGUUGAAGUUGAAGAAUUUAAGUUUGCAUUAUUAGUCACUUAUGCUAGCAAGAAUGUUGAUAAUAACAAUGAAUCAACAAUUGCAUCUACUGAUACCAAAUCCGACGACAAAGAUAAUACAACCAAGACAGAUCCUGGAUCAAAUGAAAGCAAUGAUAAAUCUGCAGUUGGAUCUAAAACUAAUGACACUGACACCCAAACCAAAGACAAUUCAACUAAAAAAGCAAAAAAAAUCUCUUUUUCUUCAACAUCACCUAAUAACAAUGAUCAAGCUAUGAAAAAUUUGUCGUUUUGGACUGUUAUAGGAUUAGGUUCGGUGGUUAAGACUGGACCUUCAAAUAGGCAUACAAUCAGUAGUCCUGGUGGAACUAGUAAUAUUAGUUUGUCACGUACUAUAAAUAUGAAAUCACGUCCACAAUCACAAGCAUAA